UCCUCCUCUCCCAACUCGCCCGGGAAGCGCCGCCGCGGAGACGAGGCCCGCCCGGCGGAAGGAGGCGGAUCGGCCGGCGAGGUUGCUGUUUUCAACCUAGAAAAUGUGGUCUGAAAAAAUCAUUUUGUCUUAUUCGUGACGUAGGCAUUGUCAUGUGGAUACGAUAAAUCAAAGGAAAUUUUCUUUUGAAAAAGAAAAUGCCAAAGAAAAAGAAAAAUCUUGGAGUGAGCCCAUCAAGGAAGAAUAUAAAUUCAGAGACAGUUGCUGAUUCAGCCUCCUCACCAGAUGAUCCAGCUAUGUUACAACUAUCCCAAGCGAUCAAUAAAGAAAAACUCAUCAGUGGACUUUCAGAAAUAUUCUCUGACUUGGAUCCUACUGUCAUUUAUAUGGUGCUUUCUGAAUGCGAUUUCAAAGUGGAAGACACUAUGGAUUAUCUACUAGAAUUGUCCACAGCUGCUAAGGAUACAAUAUCUUCAUCAAAAGUCUCAGGUUUUGAUUCCCUAUCUGCAUUGCUAGUUGGUGAAAAUAACUCCAGCUAUAGAACUCAUGAAUUUGAGGGCAACAAUACUACUGAAGUCGUGGCGUCUGGUGAAGAAUCACAGCAGCCGUUGUCAUCUGAAGAACUGGCUUUCUUGAUAGAUAAUUCUUUUGAGACAUACACUGUAAAGAGUGAAGCAAGGGAAUCAGAAAAUGAUCAUCUCUUAGGUCGUCUGGCUUGGGACCACAGUAAUGCUGAUUGCACCGAAUUAUGUGUAAAAUCCAGUUUGCUUUCUUCACAGCAAAUGGAAACUGAUGGAAAAGAAAUAGGAAACUGCUUCACUCCAUUGAGACCAAGUUACUAUGAAACAUCUGAUUUGGCUUCCACAGCGUCGGAGAUUCAGACAAAGGAUAUUUUUGCACAGAUCCCAGAGAAUUGUAAUUUGCCAGAAGUUGUACUUGACAGUGGUGCAGUUUCAGAAAUCAUUGCGUUAGCCAACGAGGCAGUGUCUUAUACUGACCCAAGUCAAAUACGAAAUGUUUUACUUGACCUUACAACAAUAAAUACCAUGACUGCUCAACACUGUCAGGGUUUUGCAGAAAUAGAGACAAAUGUGUUUCAUAAUUCUUCUUCACAAGACACCAAAGAACAAGAAAAUGUAGUGGCUGUAUGUAAUCUUAAAAAAUCUCCUGUUCCUGACCUGUGCACAGGAUCUGGUUUUAAAUUAGCACCUUUUACAAAUGUUGAUCCUUCUCAGCAGAUAUGGAAUUCACAAUUUUCUCAGUUUCAGAAACAUUCUCAGGAGCUUACUUUUUAUCCAGCUUUCGAUUCACAAUGUACAAAUCAUAGCUUUGUGACUCCUAUUGCAAUCAGCCCUGGGAAGUGGAGACCACCUGCUUCAGACUGUAGGAGCCUUGGAAAGACAUUUUCCUCUCCAGCAGUUUCAAAGACCUGGGAGAGCAUCUCUUCUCUGCCAAAGAGAUGGGGAAAUAAAGAUGGGCAACAAAGAAAUAAUUUUUCUCAAGAACAUCAGUUGCCUACUGGUCAUAUAAUGAACAGAAAGACUUUCACAGGUCAUGUGCUUAUUCUUCUUCGAGGACUUCCAGGAUCAGGCAAAUCAUAUUUGGCAAGGGCUUUGCUUGAGGAUAACCCUUGUGGGAUCACUCUUAGCACAGAUGACUAUUUUUAUCAAAAGAAUGGGCAGUACCAAUUUGAUGCUGAUUCUUUAGCAGAAGCACAUGAGUGGAAUUGGAAACGUGCCAAAGAAGCAUUUAAGAAAAGGAUCACUCCUAUAAUCAUAGACAAUACAAACACGCAGGCUUGGGAAAUGAAGCCUUAUAUUGCUUUGUCACAGCAACACAAAUACAAAGUUAUAUUUCGUGAACCAGAUACAUGGUGGAAGUUUAAACCAAAAGAACUGGAAAGGCGAAAUAUUCAUGGUGUAUCUAAAGAAAAGAUCAAAAGAAUGUUGGAACGAUAUGAACAUUGCCUGACUGUUAAUUCAAUUUUGAAUUCUUCAAUCUCAGAUGAAAUGAAGAAGAGUGCAACCUGUGGUGAAGUUCUUCUUCAGGAGAAAAGACAGGGGAAAGAAGAACAGGAAGAACGUUUUGCUUCCUCUUUGAAAUGUGUAGAAUUAAAUACAGAUGAAAAAGCUGCUUUAGAAAAAGCUACAGUGGAAAAUCAGAACCUUCAAAAUGAAAUGAGAAGAGUUGGACAUGAUUUACGAGGAAAUUCUGAAUGUAGUGUCCCUUUAGGUUGCUUGGACACUUAUACUUUACUAAGAGGAGUCAAAAUGGACUCCAUUCUUGAAACAGACUUAAGACCAAUCUCAGAUUCCAGUCCCAGUGAAAAUAUUCUGUUGUGCACUAACAGUGAUUUGAAAACUCAGAUUGAAGCAACCGUAUGUCAUGAAAUAACUGAGGCAGAAUUAACAGAAACAAAAAAUAAAGAUGGAGAUUUAAAUUCUGAGAACUCAGUAAAACCUGAGAUGUUAAAUUUUGUGGGAGACUGGCCAAUAGAACAAACAAUGGGGCAAAGGGUGAAAAGGAUUAAAAGAUUAGAAAAACGUUUAAGAAGGGACAAAGGGGAUUUAAGUAUGCAAACAUCUACUCCUGAUUCAUUAAAGAUUACAAGUGAAGAUAAAAAAUUAGAUCUAAUUGAUAGUCAUCAGGAGCUGCCACCUUCUGAAGAUAAGUGCAAAGAAAGCCACUGUAACCUUGCUUCUACCUCAGUGCCUGAUGUUAAUACAGAAGUCAAUACAUCAGGAUUGCUGAUGGUAGGAGACUGGCCUAUCCAAACCUUAGAGCAAAGACAACACAAAAUGAAAAGAAUAACCAAACGAGGCUUUAGUGAGUCAGGUGGAUUAGGAAAUAGUCAGCAUGAUGUCAACAAGGAUGGUGUGAAUACAACGUCUCUGCUGCACGGAACAUCUGCAGAUGUUGAAGAGCAGGGGGCCUCUUCAAAGGAGGAACGUUUUCAAGGAUCUGAAAUCUCUGCUUCUGAACCUGUUAGUGAGAAAAAGCCUGUAUUGAAUAAAAGAAUGCGUAAGCAUCAUAAAUUAGCCUUAACAUUUACCAACAAUUCAGCCCUUAACAGACCAGGGGAACCAUUGUCUCUGUGCAAUUCGAUGGAAGAAAAACCUAAUGAAUGUGCUGCAUCCGAGGCUACCAAAUAUUCACAGACAGAACCACGAGAUUUUGCACUUCUGUGGAGGCUUGAAAGAGAAAUUAUUUUUUCAGAGGAUACAAAAGUACUACAUGGCAGACUAGAUGGAUUUGUACCAAAAAGGGUUGAGGCUAUUUCAGAUUGUCCAGAAAAAAUACCCUAUAAAGUAACCUAUGAGAGAAGCACAUAUGUAGAAGAAAGUGAACUUGUUAGUAUUGAUGAAUCUGAGAACCUAAAUAUUUUGUGUAAACUCUUUGGGUCUCUUUCAUUUGAUGCAAUAAAAGAUUUGUAUGAAAGAUGUAACCGAGACAUUGAUUGGGCUACAGGGAUCCUGUUAGAUUCUGCUGAGAAGUUGUGCAAAGAUGAUGACAUUGAAUGCUUGCAGGAAGUAGGAGCUCAGCUUCCUGACUUGUCUCUUCAUUCUAAGAGAAACGCUACAUAUGAAGAUAGACUUGUAGACUCUGUGGCAGUCGCUCAGGGAACCGUAACUUCUAGAAUUAUUCACACAUCAGAAAUAAUGGAAGUCCCAGUUGAUGAUGACAGUGAAAACAUUUCUAACUAUUCUGCAGGAAUUUGUGUAACUUCUUCUUCAGAAGAAAACAACAUUAAUCCAUUGCCUGCUGCAAGAGAAUAUACAGACAAAUCAGAUAAUGAGAUAGAUACUCUGAACAUGCAAACAAAAAAGAGAAACUCUGUUGCACUGUCAGGGAAUGAGCAGCAGAGCACAUCUUCGGUUAAUGAAAUGGAUUUAGCUGUUCUUGUGACUGUACCUGAUGAAACUGGAGGCCCUGCCAUUUUGAAACCUACCUGUGAUGGAGAAGAAGACAAGCCUCCAGCAAACCUUCAGGAAGGUUCAUUUGCUGAAGAGGCAUCUGAUUUGAAACUAAUGGAAGACUCUAAAAGCAACAAAGGGAAAUUUGAGCAGUACAAAAAAAUAGAUUGUAAGCCAGUCUUUUCAGACCCAACACAAAGUGAAAAGAAAAUGUCUAAUCAAGAUAAUGGUAUAAUCAAGAUGCAGAACUCCAUAUCCCAAUCAAAAUCUGUGAGCAUAGAUUGUCUUGAACUGGUCUUACCUCCAGAAUUAGCCAUGCAGUUAAGUGAAAUAUUUGGACCUGUUGGAGUUGAUACAGGUAAUAACAUCAGAUCACUAACUCCUGAUGACUAUGUGGUUCAUAUUGAUCUGAAUUUGGCCAGAGAAAUUCAUGAAAAAUGGAAAGCAUCUAUUAUGAAGCGUCAGAGGAGAGGAGAGGAAUUGCACAGACUCCUUGAAGAAAAUCCCAUACUAUUUGAGCAGCUGCAUCAGGGCAAACUGGGUGACAUCCUUUCUCAAUAUACUGAUUAUCACGUGCAAGAGAAUGAAAGACUACGUAUCGCUGGACCGGCUGAAAACUCCGCAGCUUCCGAAGUUUUUCCUUUCAUGGAUCAUUGGCAAGUUCAGACUCAGAAAGUAUCACUUCGGGAGAUAAUGUCUGAAGAAAUCGCUUUGCAAGAAAAACUAACUGUGAAACCUUUUCCUUUCAUUGCUAGAAAAGACUGUGCUGCGAAACUGAAGGAAAAACAACUUUUGGACUUAUUCCCAACCAUUAACCCAAACUUUUUGAUGGAUAUCUUCAAGGAUUACAAUUAUUCUUUGGAACAAACUGUCCAGUUUCUCAAUAGCGUUCUAGAGGCAGAUCCCAUAAAAACAGUUAUAGCCAGAGAACCUGCUCAGGGUGCCACACUUUCUCCUAGCAGCGCUUCAAAGACCCGAGAGAAAAAGACUAGGAAGCCCAAAGAACUGGAAGAUAUUUUCAGUGAGAAGGGAUUCCAGGACUUUGAAUAUCCAGGAUAUGACGACUUCAGGGCUGAGGCCCUUCUUCACCAACAGCGCAGGCAAGAGUGCCUGAGAAAAGCUGGAGAAGCAUAUCGCAUGGGGAUGAAACCGGUAGCAGCAUUUUAUGUUCAACAGGGUCAGCUUCAUGAGCAGAAGAUGAAAGAAGCAAAUCAUGAUGCAGCUCAGCAAAUCUUUGAGAAAGUAAAUGCCUCAAAGCUGCCUGAAAACCUUUUGGACCUGCAUGGUCUUCACGUGGAUGAAGCUUUGAAUCAUCUGUGCAGAGUCCUGCAGGAGAAAACCAAAGAGUACAGCCUUGCAGGUGGUAAGCCAUAUCUGUACGUGAUCACAGGAAGGGGAAACCAUAGCCAGGGAGGAGUUGCUCGUAUCAAGCCAGCAGUUAUGAAAUACCUCACCAGCCACAAGUUCAGGUUCACAGAAAUAAAGCCAGGCUGUUUGAAAGUCUUGCUGGAAUAAAAGAAUGUCACCAAGCGGAUUGCAAAAGCUGAUGUUACUGAAGUAGAAAUGACUUCCACAUUUUAACGGGAUAAAUGUGCUACUGUCAAGAAUGUUGCGUCAUUGGAAAGGGUGUAACAGUUAGCAGGUGUUUUUGCCAAUGCAUUUUUCCCCACCAAAUCUAAAUGGUGCGUGUAUGCAUGUUUUAAUGGGAAGUACUUUUAUAAGCCUUCUGCUUAUCAAGAAGUAUACCUGAUAACUAUUUUCUGAACAAGAAAUAAAUUUUCAAAGGGAAGCAAAGGUUCCAAUCUGAAACAUUCUGUCCUCUUCAGAUUUAACAAAUAUCCAUAAAUGUCUUGAGUAUUGUGCUUUUUGAAAUGGUCUCUAUUACAUUUUAAAAUAAUUCUUGAAAUGACAGCUGAGGUUAUAUCAGAUGCUUUGAAGGAUUCUGCCAGGUUUCAAGUCAUAAGCGCUAAAAAUUAUUUGUAUCCUUUGUAUUUUUCAUAAGAAUCCUUUGCUCUCUUCCAAAAGGAAGAAUAAAAUUAGGCUGCAUUGAUUUUCAGUGCAGAAAAAUAUAAUAGCUGUAUCUCAGCUUUUCAGAUCUUUUUUCCUCCUAUUUAUUUCUCUGAUACAUUGAAGGUUGACAGUACUGCCUAAUGGGACAGUAAAAAUAUGUAGAGCUUUUAUACAAGUCUGCAUGAGCUUCAAAUAGAACUACAUUUCAGUAAAAUGUGGAACUAAGAACGAGAAAGAUUUGGCCUUCACGGCUUAUUUUUAUAACUCUCAUUUGCUAGAAUCGGUGGCCUUUUAAAAGGACCCUGUUAUUGCAACUGUAAUUUGCUACUCUGUGAGCCAUUGAUACUCGCACAAAACUCAAUAUGAGCAGGGGUUUGACCGAGGCCAUCCAUAUUCAGAUCUCCCAUAUUUAGUGCAAUAGGGACUGAACGGAGAAUACAGACGUGUAUAUUGAGGUACACCUUUGCACUGUGGCUUCUAGAUGUGUGAGCAGGCCUCUGGACUGGACUGGUUAUUUCCAGUGCUUCUGGAAAAGAAAUACAAGGACACCCCAUAUUCUCCAUUCUGACUCCAUAAAAAUGAUUCGUGUCCUAUUAAAGAAAACACCAGCAUACUGUACAUUAUAUGGCAGGAUAUGGAAGAUUACCAGCUCUGGGCACAUGCACAUGUCAUAAAGUGUAACACAGGUAGAAGCACUCCUCUGUGGCAGCUAUUCCCAUUAAUCUGCAUCAGCUGAACUUUUCCUUGUCAUUCUGCCAAGAAUUUACACCAGUCUUGUUCAGAUUAGGCUCUGGGAAGCCAAAGCACUAUUGUGCAUCCAGGCAGGUCUUGGUGGUAACACUGUGGCCUGGUUUUAAAAUCUUUUCUUAGAUUGUAAUUAAUGAUGUAAUUAGAUGUAAUUAUACUUGGUGUGUUUUUUAAAAAAAUGGGUGAAAUCAUUGUAGGGAAUAUGUUGACUAUUAAUGGUAUUUUUAAAAACACAUUUUUGAAUGGGAAAACAUAAGAUGAUACCAGUGCUCAGUUUCUGCCAUGGUAUUCAGUUCCUCUGUACCAAACAAAAUAAUCCAUAUAGAAAUAUUUUUAAAUCAUUUAUUAUUUUCUUGAGGAAAACUGAAUGUACAAUUAUAUGUUCCUUCUUUCAAAAUAGAGGAGCAAUUUUCUUUAAAAUAGUUUUCUCUUUUCACUAAGCUUUUUUUAAAUAAUACAGAUUUUAUGCAAGUCUUCAAAUAUUUUUCAGAUCCUUAAAACUACAUUUUAAUAAAAUGUGGAACUAAGAACGAGAAAGGAAUAAACUGCAUGCAUGCACAGUAAGAACUAUUGAAAAGAGUAUUCUCCCAUCAAACUCAUAUUUGAAAGAGAUUUGUUUAAAAUAGUCCUAAUCUUUCAAAAAGCAUGAUUAUGUAUACGGAUCUGUCUUGUCACCAUUCAUGCAAGGACUGUAGGGGCAAAGUGACUUUAAUAUAAUGUAGUAAAGGGCAUCCUGUCAUUAGGUUUUGUUUUUUCCCACUUGCUCUGACAGAGCCGCAAAAAACUUAGACAUAACCCUGUGAGGACAGAACCUUGCCCCUGUUCCCAUCCUGCCUUGCCUUAAUCAACAGUGUGAAGCUAGGAGGUUCUACUCUUUGGGGAGAUGGUUUUGCUUCUUAACAUAGGCUUUACAAGGAGACAUGGCAGGCAAGGCACAUGCAUACUCUUUACUGCUGUUGCUGGCAGCGUUGGCCCCCUAGGAAGAAAGGAAAGAAAUGUGUGAGUAGCCGUUCCUCCUGGGAUCUUAUUUUUCCAGGUGGAUAAGUUCUGAGUAUAAUGAUCCCAGAUAUUCUCCCAAGCAACCAGCGCCCUUAUUGGGACAUAGUUAGCAUUGAAGGCCCAGAUAGGCCUUCUUUUUGAGUGACUUCAAAUUAUUUCACUCAAGUUGCUUGUAUGGAAGGGGGGCUCCUUAGGACCACAUCACGACCCAGAUGGGAUUAAGAACUGGGGGCUCUUUCAGUCAGGAGGAAUGACAUGCUUUUCAACCAGAUUCAGCGGUCAUCAAUAUGGCCCCACAUUUCUCCCCAUGAUUAAUACUUUAUGCCACAGGAAUCAGGAGGUGAUUCCUUUUCUCCACAACCCAAGGCCGUUUGACAAAAUUCAGCCUUUCAGUAUUACAUUUUUAUUGUACAUUUUUUUUUUACUUGGAGUUUCCUUGCUUCUGUUACUGUAGUUGGGACAGGGUUCUGUCCCUCCAGGGAUAUAUCUUAAAAGAUGUUUGUAACCAUUCUUAUCACAGUGAGUAGCCGAGGACAAUGGCAGAACACUCUCCAUCCACUAUCCACUACUGAAGAGAACUCCAAAUUGCCUCUUGGUUUAUAAAUAUAUGGAGUUAUUGGGGGAGGGGGGCAAGAAUCAAAUAGUUUUAAGAUCAGCUAUUUUCUAGGUCUGAAAACCAUAACUGGCUGCAGGUCAGAGCACGUUAAGUGGGAAAAAAAGUUUGAUUAAGAUAAUUCUCUUGCCCACCCCUACCCCAAUUCACUAAGAAAUGUGACAUGUUUGCAAACUUUGCAUGUGUGUGUUCAAUAAAACAAUUAUUUGGGUAUCUGCUUGCUUAAUUAAUGAAAUUGGUGAAAUGAUGCCUCUAUAGUCAAGGCUUACGUGUUUCUGAUGAAACACUACAUCUUGUAGCCUGAAUAACAUUGAUUGCACACAUCACACAAACAGAAGAAUAUAACAUUUGUAUAGGAAAACUAAAUAUGGGAAAGAUUCUAUGUGAGUUGCUUUUAAUAUACCAAGAUGUAUGGCAGAUUUUUUGGGGGGGACAUUGGGGAAUUUAAAUCAUUUAUGUUAAGAUUCUGUGUGGAACAUUGAUGUGCCUUUGUGUAAAUCCUUCUUCAACAGGAGCUACCAGAGAUGUUUUUAUAACGUUCAAAUUGUCUGCAAAAUGCUUAGACGAUUAUUACGCAAAUAAAACUCUGUGAUUAAAAAACUUAAGAAAAAUGUAUAUUAUAGUAAUCGAAAUCUGAAAAGAUAUUAAGGGAACCCUACUCUUAAAUACAUUGCCAACACUUCCAUAAUUAUAUUAAUAUUUUGCUGAGCUUCAGCAAAAGCAGCAUUAAUAUUGUAAGACCUUAAUUUAACCUUAAAUUGAAGGGAAAAAAUAAAAUUUUCUGUACCCAUUUUUAUUAUCAAACUUAGAUUAACCUCAAAACACAUUAAUGAAGUAGGGUUUUUGCUUCUGAUGCAAGAUUUGCAAUAUAGGUUAUAUUAUUGCGGGGGAAAUGUUUCUCAGGGUAGAAGUUUCUAUGAGAAGUGCCUAUGGAAAAUAAAGCCUUCCCAGACAUUCUUUCAGCAGAUAUAAUUGUGCAUAGAUAUUAUUAGCAUGAAAUGUGUGCUGUUAAAUUUCAUAGAUGUUUGUUAAUUGCCUUUGCUGAGAAGAAUGUACACUGAAAUACAGAAUACUGUAAAGACUAUGACGUAAAGUAAAACAUUAAAUAUUAAUUUACCUAAUACUAUCUUACAGCUUUUCCCAUGGAUGGAUAUGAAUAGGUGAUCGCAUAGAUAGCUUCAACAAUUUGUGCAAUCAUAACAACUUUUGGUAUGACUCCAGUUUUGGAAACGCUGUGAGUCAUAUGUGAUUGCUUAUAUCAUAUGCUAAUAUUUAUUCAUGUGGACCUAUACCACAAGUGAAUAUUCAGAGUGAUGAAAAUAUUACUGAUGCUUUUCAUUUCAAAGGAAGAAAAACGUUGGAGUCUCAAGUACUGAACAGGAAAUAAUUUAACUGUCAAAAUACCCUAAUGAAACAUCCAGUAUUGCAUCACUCACUGUCAUAUUAUGGGACAUACCUAAGUGAAUUCCUUUUCUUUUGUUAACUGUACAGAUCGCAUCUAAUUCCCUAUCAUUUUUAUACUGUUUGAUUGUUAGCACAUGGAAUUUUUUAAUGAAGAAUUUCAAAUAAAAUACCUUAAUGAAGAAA